AUGGAGAACUCACCUACUCCUAUUAGCAUAUCUGCCACCCGCAAAACAGCUUCGAAUACAUUUUUGCCGCUUAAUACGAAGCGGGUCAGCGAUGAUGACCUUUACAGAACUUCAACCCAAUAUAAGUUAUGGUCUUUUACAUCGAAAAGGCUCGAACAAAUAAGAUCAGAUAUAAAUCUCCGUUCUUCUGAGAUUAUUAAGAAACAAAUAAUUCAGUUUAAAGAAUCUCAUCCCAAUCUAUCGACAGAGGAACUUGAGGCCAUCGAUUCAUUGGCUAUACCUUUGAAUGCUGAUGAAGAAUUUAAACUUGUUAAUUUCUACGCCAGAAAGGUACAACAAUGUGCUAGCUCUUUGAACUUACCUACGGAAGUGACUGCAACUGCAAUCUCUUUUUUUAGGAAGUUUUUCCUCACAAAUUCUGUUAUGGAUAUUCACCCAAAGAACAUCUUGCUAACUACCAUAUUUCUGGCGUGCAAAUCAGAAAACUACUUCAUCGGGAUUGAGUCAUUUGCUCAAAAGACGAAGUCUAAAGAAGACGCUAUUCUAAAAUACGAAUUUAAGGUUUUGGAGUCUUUAAAGUUUACGCUAUUGAAUCAUCAUCCGUUUAAGGCCUUGCAUGGCUUCUUCUUAGACAUCCAAUCCAUCUUGAACGGGAAAGUUGAUUUAGAAUAUAUGGGCCAAGUAUAUACGAACUCUAAAAAGAAAAUCACAGAUGCAUUAUUAACAGAUGCAGUAUAUCAAUAUACUCCCCCACAGAUCACUUUGGCGGUUUUGCUGGCUGAAGAUCAAACCCUAAUAGAUCGUUAUUUGGAGUUGAAGUUUCCAAAUAAAAACAAAGAUAAUUCAGUUGAUGUCAUAAAACCAACUUCUGCUGAUAGUACAAAUACUACUUCAGGAAGCUCCAGUAAUGGAAAUAUGGAGGUAAAGGAAGUGGUCCAAUCCAAGGAAGUACCGAAUGAAGGAAACGAGACUACAAAUGAUAAUACAAAUAUGAUCGAUUUGCCUAAGUUGAUAAAGACUAUACAGGAUUGCAGAGACAUCAUAUUUGAACGGCAAUCUGUGACGAAAGAAGAAGUAAAAGAAAUAGAUGCAAAGUUACAUUACUGUAAGAAUCCAAUGCUGGUGCUCCGACGUCUCAAAAGACAAAAGGAUUCUUCUUCCAGUGCAAGCCCGCCAGAUAUUAAAAGACAAAAGCUAUAA